CUCCCUCCGCCCUCUCGGGGCUCAGGCGGCGGCGGAGUGAACGGGACCCGCCCGGCCGCAGAGCGCGGGGCGGCGGAUGGGACGCGGGUGCCUGGCGGAGUUGUUGUUCCGGCUUUGCUCGCGGAGACGUGAGGAGUUUUCACCAGGUGGAUGUGGGAAGAGAAGUUUGCAGAACUGAAAUGGAGGUCAGAGCUUCAUCACAGAAGGUUAGUGGGUCAUCUGAUUCCGAGGCUACACUGAACAGAGAAGAAUUUGUUUUGGUUCCUCAGCACGCAGAUGAUACAUCUGCAAAAGAUGACGGAAAACCUCAACUGAAGGUAGUUUCUAAUGGUGAUGAACAAUUGGAGAAAGCCAUGGAAGAGAUUUUGAGAGAUUCUGAAAAAGAGCAAAGUAGUCUUCUUGUUGGUUGUGAGGAUUCCGGUGAGGUUUCAGAACACACAUUUGGGGACUUCUCAGCCAGCCAAACAAAUAAGCCGUCUCUUCAGUUAAUUUUGGACCCAUCUAAUACAGAAAUUUCUACACCCAGACCAUCUUCUCCAGUUGGACUAACCGAAGAAGAUAGUGUUUUAUUUAACAAACUGACCUACUUAGGCUGUAUGAAGGUUUCUUCCCCACGUAAUGAAGUGGAGGCCUUACGGGCAAUGGCAACUAUGAAAUCAUCCAGUCAAUAUCCCUUUCCUGUUACUUUGUAUGUGCCAAAUGUUCCAGAAGGUUCUGUGAGAAUUAUAGACCAGUCCAGCAAUAUGGAGAUAGCAUCUUUUCCAAUCUAUAAGGUGUUAUUCUGUGCACGUGGACAUGAUGGGACAACAGAGAGUGAUUGCUUUGCAUUUACGGAGAGCUCCCAUGGUUCAGAAGAAUUUCAGAUACAUGUCUUCUCCUGUGAAAUUAAAGAGGCAGUAAGCAGAAUUUUAUAUAGUUUCUGUACAGCCUUCAAACGUUCUUCCAGACAAGUGUCUGAUGUUAAAGACUUGAUUAUUCCUACCCCCGACAGUGAUGUGUUUACCUUCAGCGUCUCUUUGGAGGUAAAAGAAGAUGACGGAAAAGGAAACUUUAGUCCUGUGCCAAAGGAUAGAGAUAAAUUUUAUUUCAAAUUAAAACAAGGAAUAGAGAAGAAGGUUGUGAUUACAGUGCAGCAACUUUCUAACAAAGAAUUAGCUAUUGAAAGAUGUUUUGGAAUGUUAUUAAGCCCAGGUCGAAACGUGAAGAACAGUGACAUGCAUUUACUGGAUAUGGAAUCCAUGGGAAAGAGCUAUGAUGGGAGAGCUUAUGUUAUCACUGGCAUGUGGAACCCAAAUGCACCAAUAUUUCUGGCACUUAAUGAAGAAACACCAAAAGAUAAACGAGUGUACAUGACUGUGGCAGUGGAUAUGGUAGUCACAGAGGUGGUAGAGCCUGUCCGUUUUCUCCUGGAGACAGUAGUUCGUGUGUACCCUGCAAAUGAGCGAUUUUGGUAUUUCAGCAGAAAGACUUUCACAGAGACGUUCUUCAUGAGGUUGAAACAGUCUGAGGGAAAAGGCCAUGCUAGUGCUGGAGAUGCAAUAUAUGAGGUGGUGAGUCUACAGCGAGAGUCUGAGAAGGAGGAACCAGUCACUCCUACUAGUGGAGGGGGUCCAAUGUCACCUCAAGAAGAUGAACCAGAAGAAGAGAGUGAUAAUGAACUCUCAAGUGGAACAGGUGAUGUGUCUAAGGAUUGUCCUGAGAAGAUCCUAUAUUCUUGGGGAGAAUUGCUAGGAAGAUGGCACAAUAACCUUGCUGCACGGCCAAAAGGGCUGUCCACGUUGGUGAAAAGUGGCGUCCCUGAAGCAUUGAGGGCAGAGGUAUGGCAGUUGUUAGCAGGCUGCCAUGACAACCAGGCGAUGCUGGACAGAUACCGAAUUCUUAUCACAAAGUUUUCCAUUUGGAAAGAGACGAUGGAAAAGCUCAAUAUCAUCAGUCAGAACAAGGCCAGGGGCCAACUGUGGAACAGACCAUUAAUUGCUCAUAUGCAAGUACAAGCUGAAACUAAAGAAAAUCGGAGCAAGUCCACGAGAGCCAAAUUAUGACCUUGAGUUAUAUCCCACCUGAAUUUAGAGACCAUCUCAAGAAUAGAUUUAAUGCAUUGAACACUAGUGACCGAAGACCAGACGAGUUGUGGAAUGACAUCAUGGGCAUCAUACAUGAAGAAAGCAAGAGGUCACUGAAAAGCCAGGAAAGAAAGAAAAGACCAAGAUGGAUGUCAGAGGAGACUCUGAAACUUGCUCUUGAGCAUCGAGCAGCUAAAGCAAAAGGAAGAAUUGAUGAAGUAAAAGAACUGGACAGAAGAUUUCAAAGGUCCUCUCGAGAAGACAAAGUAAAGUAUUAUAAUGACAUGUGCAAAGAGCUGGAGAUGGAAAACCAAAAGGGAAGAACAUGUUUGGCAUUUCUCAAGCUGAAAGAACUGAAGAAAAAAUUCAAGCCUCGAGCUGCAAUAGUGGAUUCCAUGGGGAAAAUAUUAAAUGAUGCAGGAAACAUCAAAAGAAGAUGGAAGAAAUACACAGAGUCAUUAUACGAAAAAGAAUUAGCCGAUAUUCAGCCAUUUCAGGAGGUGGAAUAUGAUCAGGAACAGAUGGCACUGAAGGAAGAAGUCCAAGCUGCUCUGAAGGCAUUGGCGAAAAACAAGGCUCCAGGAUUUGAUGGAAUAUCAAUUGAGAUGUUUCAGCAAACAGAUGCAGUGCUGGAGGUGCUCACUUGUCUAUACCAAGAAAUACGGAAGACAGCUUCCUGGCCAACUGACUGGAAAAGAUCCAUAUUUAUGCCUAUUCCCAAGAAAGGUGAUCCAACCGAAUGUGGAAAUUAUAGAACAAUAUCAUUAAUAUCACAUGCAAGCAAAAUUCUGCUGAAGAUCAUUCAAAAACGGCUACAGAAGUAUCGACAGGGAAGUGCCAGAAAUUCAGGCCGGUUUCAGAAGAGGACGUGGAACCAGGGAUAUCAUUGCUGAUGUCAGAUGGAUCCUGGCUGAAAGCAGAGAAUACCAGAAGGAUGUUUUCCUGUGUUUUAUUGACUAUGCAAGGGCAUUCGACUGUGUGGAUCAGAAGAAACUAUGGAUAACACUGCGAAGAAUGGGAAUUCCAGAUCACUUAACUGUGCUCAUGAGGAACCUUUACAUAGAUCAAGAGGCAGUUGUUCAGACAGAACAAGGGGAUACUGAUUGGUUUGAAGUCAGGAAAGGUGUGCGUCAGGGUUGUAUUCUUUCACCAUACCUAUUUAAUCUGUAUGCUGAACAGAUGAUCCGAGAAGCUGGACUAUAUGAAGAAGAAUGGGGCAUCAGGAUUGGAGGAAGACUCAUUAACAACCUGCAUUAUGCAGAUGACACAACCUUGCUUGCUGAAAGUGAAGAGGACUUGAAGCACUUACUAAUGAAGAUCAAAGACCAUAGCCUUCGGAGUGGAUUACACCUCAACAUAAAGAAAACAAAAAUCCUCACAACUGGACCAGUGUGCAACAUCGUGAUAAAUGGAGAAAAGAUUGAAGUUGUCAAGGAUUUCAUUUUACUUGGAUCCACAAUCAAUAGCCACGGAAGCAGCAGUCAAGAAAUCCAAAGACGCAUUGCAUUGGGUAAAUCUGCUGCAAAGGAUCUCUUCAAAGUGUUGAAGAGCAAUGAUGUCACCCUAAAGACUAAGGUGUGCCUGACCCAAGCCAUGGUAUUUUCAAUCGCAUCAUAUGCAUGUGAAAGCUGGACAAUGAAUAAGGAAGACCGAAGAAGAGUUGACGCCUUUGAAUUGUGGUGUUGGUGAAAAAUAUUGAAUAUACCAUGGACUGCCAAAAGAACGAACAAAUCUGUCUUAGAAGAAGUACAACCAGAAUGCUCCUUAGAAGCAAGGAUGGCGAGACUGCAUCUUACAUACUUAGGACGUGUUGUUAGGAGGGAUCAGUCCCUGGAGAAGGACGUUACACUUGGCAGAGUACAGGGUCAGUGGAAAAGAGGAAGACCCUCAACGAGGUGGAUUGACACUGUGGCUGCAACAGUGAGCUCAAGCAUAACAAUUGUAAGGAUGGCACAGGACCGGGCAGUGUUUCGUUCUGUUGUGCGUAAGAUUGCUAUGAGUCGGAACCCACUCGACGGCACCUAGGAACAAGAACAGCAGUAUUCCAUUAUGUGAAUAUACCAUAAUUUAUUUAUCCAUUCAUCCGUUGAUGGACACCUUGGUUGCUUCCAGCUUUUUGCUGUUGUUAACAGUGCUGCAAUAAACAUGGGUGUGCAUAUAUCUGUUCGUGUUAAGGCUCUUAUUUCUCUAGGGUAUAUUCCGAGGAGUGGGAUUUCUGGGUUGUAUGAUAGUUCUAUUUCUAACUUUUUAAGGAAACACCAGAUCGAUUUCCAAAGUGGUUAUACCAUUUUACAUUCCCACCAGCAGUGUAUAAGAGUUCCAAUCUCUCCACAGCCUCUCCAACAUUUAUUAUUUUGUGUUUUUUGGAUUAAUGCCAGCCUUGUUGGAGUGAGAUGGAAUCUCAUCGUAGUUUUAAUUUGCAUUUCUCUAAUGGCAAAUGAUCAAGAGCAUUUUCUCAUGUAUCUGUUAGCCGCCUGAAUAUCUUCUUUAGUGAAGUGUGUGUUCAUAUCCUUUGCCCAGUUUUUAAUUGGGUUGUUUGUCUUUUUGUGGUUGAAUGCUCUCCUUUUAAUUUGUAGGAGAUAUUGAGUACUGUGUGGAGAAGGAGGGCCGCAGGUGGUCAUCAGGAUUCACCUUCUCUGCUUUCGUCUCUUGUAGCACAUGUAUCAUGGCUGAUGUUUUGUGACAUUUUUCAAGAGUGCAUGAUUCAGCAGUUUACAAAAUUCUAGGCAGAGGAACCAAAGCUUUCAGUGUCAGAUUUACAGAGUGAUUCAAACAAUAUCACUUCUUCUCUUUGUGUUUUAUAUUCUCCACUUACAAAAUGGAGAUUAUAGAAUUGUCCUUGAAUAUCUGUUAAAAGCAUUGCAAAGAUUUGUGCAUAUGUAUCAUUGGGAGUUUAAAAUUAUUCAGUUUAAUUAAAAAUAAGACUUUAUUGAGCAUCUUUUUUUGUGUGUACAAGACUUUUUUUUUUCACAAGGUGUUAUUGAUCAUGUUAGGAAGACAAGACGUGGUAAUGGAUUAGAUGUUUUGUAGAAAGAGUAGUUUUCAUUUGCUGUCUGCCACAGGUUUUAAAGGAGUAUAAACCACCCAUGUAGAAAAUUUCCUAGCAUCUUCUGCUCUCAGAAGGGUGUAUUCAGCUUUCAAUAGAGUUCACGAAAUGCCACUAUAAUACAUUGUGCCUGAUAUUUUAAUAUAUAAAAUGGUUAUAUAAUAAAAGGCUAUAUGUGAUUUAAUGUCAAAAUAAGGAAUACAGAAAGAAUGUAUUUUGUUCUGAGAUAAAUUAUGGCAGAUAAGUGAGUGGUAAUUUUGGAAGAUAAAUGAAUGGCAAUAUGGCUUAGUCCUGGCUUCAACCUUACUAGCUGUGUGAGCUUGGGCAAUUUACUUAACCCCUCUGGGCAUCAGUUUCCUUAUUAUAAAAUGGGGAUAAUUAUGGUCUAACUCACAGAGUUGUUAUGAGGAUUAAAUGACUUAGGAUAUAUACAGUGCUUGAAACAGUACCUGAUUUAUGUAAUGUAAUCUAAGUGCUGUUUUGCUGUUUGCUAUCAUUAUUAUUGCUAUUAAUUGAUGGCGGCCCUCUAGAAGAGAGCAGAAAUGAGCUAGACCUGAAUGAAACUCUGCAGGACAAAAGAAAUACCCAAGAAAUGUAAGAAGUUAUUUUUCUUCAGAUAUUCUUUCUAAGGUGGCUCAGGUAAAUGUGGAGAGAAUGCAGAUGGCAUGUUUGUACAGGAAGACAGGUGUCACACGGUAGUUAAACACGCAGAUCGUUUGGACUUCCCCAGAGUUCUGCCCAAAUCACAGCCUUGCCAUAGAAUCACUGUAUGACUUUGCGUAUAAUCUUUCUAAGCUUUAGUUGUAAUCUGUAGUACGGGGAUAAUAAUGACGACACCUUAUAGGAUUAUUUUGAGAAUUAAAAGAGAGGAUUUAUGUAAAACAUUAAGCACAUUACCUGGCAAAGAAAAAAACUUUCAGUAAGUGACAGGAAAAAAAAAAAAAUCUGUCGCUGUGGAGUUGAUUCCGAUUUAUGGUGAAUCAUGUGUUACAGAGUAGAACUUGCUCCAUAGGCUUUUCAUGGCUAUAACCUUCAUGGAAAGAUCCCUGGGUGGUGCAAAGGGUUAAGCACUAGACCACUAUCCAUAAAGUUGCUGGCUGAAGCCCACCCAGAGGUACCUUAGAAAACAGUUCUGGCAAUCUAUUUCCAAAAGGUCAUAGCCUUGAAAAUCCUGUGGAACAGUUUUACUCUGCACACAUUGAGUCAUCAUGAGUCAGAAUUGACUUGACGGCAACUACAACAACAAUAACAACAAACUUUAAGGAAGCAUACUGCCGGGCAUUUCUUUCAUGAUACUGCUGGGUAGGUUCGAACUGCAAACCUUUAGGUUAGCAGUUGAGCACAAAGUGUUUGCACCACCCGGGGACCCUCAAUAAUUGAUAACAAAAAAAUCCAAACCCGUUGCAGUCAAGUCAAUUCUGACUCAUAGCCCCUAGUAAUUUAGUACUUUUUAAAAGUAAUUUUAAUGUCAUUGUUAUCAUUAGUAUUAUUCACAUUGGAUCAUUGUGGGAAAUAGCCCUAAAGGUACUGGGGAGAAAAAGAAAGGGGGAGUUGUACAAAUUAUGGCAUACCUUUAAAAAGAAUUUGGACUUGAAUUUUAUGGAGUGGGAUGCCACUAAAGUCUUUUUGAGAGGAAGUGUGUGUGUGCGCGCACGUGUGUGUGCAUGUGCCUGUGUGGGGGUGGGGGGGGAGGUUUUGACAAUGACAUGAGAGGGGCCUUGCAGAAAGCAGUGAUUUGAUUUCAAAUUGAUCUGUUUACACUGUGCAGAUAAUUUGGGGGUUGGGAAAGCAUAGAUGGGCAUAAGGGAACAAAACAGUUUAUACAGUUUUCAGCAAUUAGAAGGAAAUGAGUAAGAGAAAGAAUAUCUCAAAAAAAAAAUUUCUUACAUUUCUUGGGUAAAUCGUAUGUGCCAGGCACUGUGCUAAACCGUUUAUAUCGGUUAUUAUCAGUUUAUGUUAACAGCAACCUUAAGAUGGGCAAUCCUGUUAUUGUCUCCAUUUUAUACAUGGGCAAUCAGUGUCAUAAAGUCAUUACUGUAAAUAAGUUGCCCAAGGUGACACAGAUAGUGCAGUGGAGUCAGCUUGUCCCCCAAUAUCUGUUCUCACCUUUUUGCCAUAAUAAUAAAAAGUUUCAGCUGGACGUGUGGCCACUCAGAGUAAAUACCACAUUUCCAAACCUCCCUUGCAGCUUUGUGUUGCUAAGUUAUGGCCAAAAAAAAAAAAAUGUAUUGAGGGUAACUUUUGGGAACUUUCUUCAGAGAAAGUUGGCUUGUACCCUUUGCCCCUUCUUCCUCCUUUUUCUAUUCUUCCCCUUUUUUUUUGUCACAGGCAUGUGACAAUUGAAGCUUGUCUUAGAUCGUGAAGAUGAGUACUGCACCCUAGGGAUAGUAGAGCAGGAGGCUGGAAGGAGCUGAAUCCCUGUGGGUUUAGGAGAGCAGAGCCUCCAGACCAGCCUUGGAUUGCCAGCUUCAGACAUUCACAUAAGGGAGAAUAAUGAGUUUCUGUCUGGGAUUUCCUGUUGUUUUCAGAAAUUCUAAUUCUCAUUAACACAGAUAACUAAAGGAAGAACUCAUGCUUGGACCUGGGCCCUCUGACCCUGUGCCUAUUGUAACCACUAUGUGUACUGUCUCAUUGAACUCUUGAUCUUGGCAGUCCUCACAUGCCCACCAUUUUUUAUAAAAAAAAAAAAAAAACAACUAGGGAUUACUAAAAACUAACUGUGGCAUUGCGGCUCAGAAAGCCAAAUGCAGUGAGGUUAGGCACAUGUCCAGAAAUUAUUCAGGAAUUUAGUGGUGUAUUCUCUCUACUUUCUUGAGUAAAAAUCAAAAAAGAGAGAGGCUCGAAAGCCCUGCUACCUCCUGCUAGAUGAGUUUUUUUGCGUUUCUUUUAUCUUUGCAAAAAUGUUCCUGAUUCUGAGAAGGUCACUCUGGCACAUAAAUAAAGAAGUUGAAGUGUAGUUUUGUGAGUUGUGUGUUUGUUUUGUUUUUUAAUUAUCCAGAGCUGUAAUUUAUAAAUGACUUUUGGAAAAAUGAGGCUUGUCUUUAAAUAAACUAAGGACCUGUGCAGUCAGUAAAUUCUGGAAAACUUGAUAGAAGAUAAAUGUGCUUUUAGAGGCUGCAGAACUACUACUCUAUGAUUCAUAUUUUGAGCAAUAACUAAAAGAUUUUUUAAUGAUAUCAGUUGAUCAGUUGCUGAUGGGCAAUCCUGGUGUUUGGCCAGAGCUGUUAGGACAUGAACAGUGUUAUAUGUUUGAAGAAAUCCUCCGCCUGAAAUACUUUCUAAAGCAAACAGUUUAAUCAUCAUCAUUAUUUAACCGUGAUGGAGGGUGAGUAGUUUGGAGUGGGUUUUCAGAUAAACUGGGAUUUAUUUUGCCUCUACAUUGGACGGGUUGAAUGAUCACAGAGCUUUGUAUCUCAGUGACCAGUGGAUAGAGGAGUUCUGUUUCAUAAUCAGUGGCAUGUGCAUGUGAUAAAAGGCUUGCUCCUGGAGUGUCUCAAGAUUCUACGGUCUUUCUAAGUCAUGUUCAUUACCAGAGCUCUUCAGACAAGGCACCCAUACAGUACAAAGGUGAAUUAUGUAGAACCUCAAAUGGACAAUACAAUUUUGAAGUAAUAUGAAUGCCUCGCAAUUCAUUAAGAAUCAUGUUAUUUCAAUUCUGGGAGCCACGUGAAUUAUAAACUGUAUUUGCACUGCUUCAACAUAGUGGUUUUAUUUUAGGCGCAAACAGAAAUACUUGCCCCCCCCCCCCCCACCAGGGAUUAGUCUCAAUUAUUUACUUUGUUGAGAUAUUCUGAAUCUUUCUUUAGGAACAGCUUGCAAAUUAAAAAAACUGAACUCACGGUGUAAGAAAUUUUAAUGGUUAUACUUUAAGCAAGGCUUUUUCUCUGCAUUCUCAAUCUGAUGGGACUAUGACAGCUUACAAUGAAAUAUUUUCAGAAACAUAGCCUGCUAAAGCAAACUGGGAUCUAGGGGAUUCAUAUAUACAUUGAAGUCUUGUGGUUAACGGACAGAGCAUGGACUAUGGGGUAAGAAGCCUCCCAGUCCUAGUUCUGUCUUGGAACUUGACUUUGUAAAAUAGGAAAUAAAACAGUGUUCCCUCUUGUUGAGAAGAUUAAAUGUGAUGACAUGCACAAGGUUCUUAUAAACCUCAAAGAAUGAUACAAAUGUUAGAUGUUAUUACACUUAGCCUGUUUUUAUAUAAUAUCUGAAAAUUUUCUUUAAAGCCUCUAAACAUUAUGUUUUUAAGUACUUGAAAUCAAAAUAUAUAGUUCUUUUUAAUAAUUUAUUUUGUUUUUAUUGCUGUUGAGAAUAUACACGGCAGAACGUGCACCAAUUCAACAAUUUCUAUUGAUACAGUUCAGUGACAUUGAUUACAUCCUUUGAGUUGUGCAACCACUCUCACCCUCAUGUUUUUCAGGUUGUUCCUCCCCAUUGACAUAAACUCACUGCUCCCUAAAUUUCCAAUCCGAUCUUUCGAGUUGCUGUUGUCAGUUUGACCCCAUAUAAAUAGUUCUUUAAAGGAGACAUGCUCAAAACAGACAUUCUUUACUACUUAAGCCAAACUAUUGUUAAGUUUUAUGAAGACUUCAGGGGAUAUUUUUGGUUUGAAGAUUACCUCAGGGCAAUAGUUUUAGGGGUUUAUCCAGCCUCCAUGGGUCCAGAAAAUCUGGAUUCCAUGAGAAUUUGAAAUUCUAUUCUGGAUUUCUCCCUUUUUGAUCAGGAUUCUCCUAUAGAAUCAUUGAUCAACAUGCCCAGUAAUGCUAGCUGGACACCAGUACAUAUAGUUUUAAAAGGAUUUAUUUCUCAAGUCAUGUCUACUCAAGGAGAAUGGAUGCACUUGGUUGAUACUGGCUGUACUACUUUUGCAGUGAAGCUUAAGGCAGAAAAUUAAGAUGAAAGUCUCAUAGCUUUCAGUUGAACACACAGAGCCAUUUUCCUCUUUCAGUAGUCCUUAUAUAGAAUCAUAGCAGCUUGGAGCCGGAAGAGAAUUUGGUGAUUAGUUAAGCCAAUUCCUUCAUUUUAUAGUUAAGUAAACUGAGUUCCAGAGAUGAAGCACUUUUCCUAAGGACAUGUGCUAGUAAACUGCAGAAAAGGCAGUUAAAGAACUUCCUGCAUCCCAAGUCAGUGCUUAUUUCACUUUGCCAUUAUUUUUUAAAUCAUUGAUUUUAAUAUAUUUAAAAAUUUUAAGGUCAUUUUCCACUGUCAAGGGACCAUUUGAAAUUAAAUCCGACUUCAAAAAAUGUUACCAUUAAAGGUACCUGGGAGUCAUAAGUGCUUAAGAGAAAAAAGUUUAGAAGAAAGUAAAAACCAAGCCCAGUAAAAGCCUCAUUAAUCUAAACUCUAUUAAGCAAGGAUUGUGAAUAGUGCCUGAACUAAAAUUUGCUUUUGCUUCCAGAAUUCUUUCUUCAUUGCCUAUGCAAACUAAUAACCUGAGCAAGAUUAGAAAGGAAUGUUUUAAAUGGUUAAAAGAAUAAUUCUGAGCAGCCUUCAGUAGGAGGGAAUAUACUGAUUAACAUGAGAGACAUACUAAUUACAGGCAGCCUUAUCUGGUCAUUACAGCAGGUCCCCUACCCAAACCCAGUGCCCUCAAAGGGCCUUUCUUUUUAGGGGGGAACCUGAAAGUAACACAUUUGCUUUUCUUUACAGUUAUUCAGUAAUUAAGAAUUCCACAAAUUUAAGUCAUUUUCUAAUGGCACUGCCCUUGUUAAACAAUUGGCUUGAAAUCAAAUAACUGUAGAUUUCCUGAUAUAUAGUACAUAGUAGAUGCUAAUGUAUGAAAAAGAAAGAUGGUGGCUAAGUUUGUUAGAAAGCGUUAUCCUUUCUAGUGUUUCCACAGUAUAGUUUUGUUGAGAAAAUAACAAAUGUAUAAUCUUUUACCUUUAUUCUUAUUUAUUGAUUCAGGCCUGAGGCUCAUAUUGAUCUCUGUUCCUAAGUUAAUGGAAGUAACAACCUUCUUAGAUCUCAAGACUGUUCUUUUUUUUUCUUUGAUGGAGCAAGGGAUAAGAAAAUUUGUCUCUUCUAUUGAUGUGAAGAUUAUAGCCUUACACAGAAAGGAGAUAUCAGCAGUUCCAUUUUUCAGAGACUAUAGCCCAUAUUUAAAUUGCAUCAGUUUUGUUUUGCCCCAAGUAGGACAAUCAGAUAUUCAAAUGAUAUGUUAUUCUUGUUACUUAGAAAAAGACUAAUUAUGUAGGCAUCGUUAUAUAGGUAUUGAUGUAGCGUCUUUUGUUCCCUGUUGAAAUAGUCUGCUUAGGUAUCAUCAGUACCAAACAACUGGUUAGUGGUUGUGCCAUUUAAUUUUUAUCAUGUUUUAUUUUUCCUGAUCUGUAAAUAACAUUAAGCAAAGAUGAAAACAGUCUGUGGUUCAGACUUCAUCAUUUGGACCUAAGAAACCAGUCAACCUUUUUUCAUUAGGUAGAAGGAAACCCAUUGCCAUCGAGUCGAUUCCGACUCACAGCGUCUCUGUGAAACAGAGAACUGCCCCAUAGGGUUUCCAAGGAGCGGCUGGUGGAUUUGAACUGCCAGCAUUUUGGUUAGCAGCCAAAUGCUUAACUACUAUGCCACCAGAGCCGCAGAUGGAAGGAAGGGUGAACUGUAUUCGCUCUUGUGUCUUUCUGCCUCUUUCUUUUUAAAGUUUUUAUCUGAAUGGAAUAACUCCUUGCCUCGGUAAUAUAUUUGGUCCUUGGCUUGUUUUUUCCUUUCUACCUUUUUCUAGACCCCAAAGGAAUGUUGUUUUGAUAUAUGUUAUGCCCAGGAAAUAAUUUCCAACUCUUAGGUCCUUCUCGUUAACACAACCAGGUAAGAAGUAGUACGAGAUUUAAGUUGCAGAACAUUGUCUGCAUCUGCUUCUUCCUGCCAUCACUCUGUUGGACACUACUGCCCAGAAAGUCAGCAUCAGUCUCCUUGUUGCCAUAGCCAGGGGAGGUAUUUUAGUUUUUAAUUAGAUGUAUCUGUGAUAUUUGAUGCUGUUAAGCACUGUUCUUGACACUUCCUCCUCCUUUGAUGCCCUUAUCAUUAUUCUUUCCUAGUUUCUGUUUUCUUUCUCUCAGACAUUUGUGCAACAAAUAUUUAUGGAGCUACUUGCUAGGUCCUGUGGAUUUAAGUGGUGAACAAAGGCACAUUCCCUACCCUCGAAGAGAUUACUAUUAAGGAAGGAGAGAGGCAAGUAAGGUGUAAACAACUUUAAGCUUUCAUCCCUGCUAGUCUGUGUGCCUGGGGUUAUCUUCUCUCAUUCUCUAUCUCUCUCUGUCUCUGUCUCUCUCUCUCACACAUACACACACACCUGACUCAAAGUAUUAUAUUUGAGGAUUGAAAAACAUAGCUCAGAUAUUUAAGGAGUAAAUGCAUAAACGUUUUCUUUUAUUGCAAGGCCUGGGUUCUAAUCUUGCUCUGCCAUUUUUCCAGCCAUGUGAAUGAGUUAUAAUUGAACAUCUCUAGAGCUCUUUUUUCCUCAUUUUUAAUAAUCUGUGUACUUUAUCUCAUUGCUGUGAGCAUUAUAUGAUUUAGUAAUAUUAUAACAAGAUAAAGUAGUUUUACUUCCUUCAGCUCUUUCUCCUUGGUCCCUUCCUGGCUCUUCUUCCUUGUCUCUCUCCUUUUCUUUAUUUCUUUCCUUUUCUUUCUACUUCUAUUUCAUUCCUUUCCACCAAGGGUGGAAGUAUAUUUUAAUAUUGUACGUAGACAAUGCAGUUUUACAUUCACAGUUCUUAACUUGUGAAAUGAGUUUUGUUUUUUAUUUCAUUGCAGGGGGGAAGAAUAUACAAUAUUUACGCAUAGUGGUUUGGGGGGGUUGUUUGUUUUAUUUUUGUUUUUUGGUAUGGUCCAUAGUAGGAAGGGAAGAGGCAUAUUGAUCUUCAAAGGAAAAUGCUGUGUUUAUCUGCAGUUUUAAAGCCCAUAUAUCCACCAUCUAGAUUCUUCUGUAAAUAUUUCAUUAUACUUCCUUUAUCAUGUAUACAUCUAUCUACUGAUACCUGUAUUCCUCCAUCAACCUAUCCUAUAUUUUGAUGCAUUUCAAAUUACGUUACAGACAUGAGUACAGUUGUUUAACUUUUUAAAAAAGUGCCAGUUUUCCAAAGUGGUUAUACUAUUUUAGCCUUUGUUUCUGACCCUUCUAAUUAUUUGCCAACUCUAUCCAUAGGGAAUACUAUGGGUAGAGUCUCAAGUUUUACCUUAUCACAGAGUGCAGGAAGUAAGACAAGUAAACUGGAAAGAAACUUCAUUCUACUAAAAAAACUAUCUGAAAGAGCUGAAGACAGUUAGGAAAUGGAGAAAUUUUAAGCAAAGUCUUAUAUAUAAAAUUUAUAUAUGGGAAAGCUUUGUUAAUAAAAAGAAAAAGCAGCAGAUAUAUGACUGGUAAAUCUGUUGUUAGCAAACCACAGAUAACAUCUUAAGAAUCCUAUGCUUAAAAGAUGCUUGAUUUGAUAAUUAAGAUACUUAUAAAUGGAAGUUUGUUAUAUUUAUAGCUUUCUUUAUUGUUUAUAUUUAAGUAUGGUUCUCAGAGAGCUUGCUUGGUAGAUUACUCUGUGUUGGGAUUGAACUAGAUGAUCUCUAAAGCCUUCUCCGGAUCUAACACCCUAUGAUUCAUUGAUUAUGUGAAUUAAUUCUAAUUAUUGAGGUUGAAUUCAAAUUUACGCACCAACCACUAGGGCCAAAGAUGAAGAAAUAGAAGAUUUUUUCAGCUGCUACAGUCUGAAAUUGAUUGAACAAGCAGUCAAGAUGCAUUGAUAAUUACUGGCGGUUGGAAUGCAGAAGUCAGAAACAAAGAAGAAGGCUCAGUAGUUGGAAAAUAUGGCCUUGGGGAUAGAAACAGUGCCGGAGAUUGAAUGGUAGAAUUUUGCAAGAUCGACAACUUCUUCAUUGCAAAUACCUUCUUUCACCAACAUAAACGGCAACUAUACACAUGGACCUCCCCAGAUGGAACACACAGAAAUGAAAUCAACUACAUCUGUGGAAAGAGAUGAUGAAAAAGUUCAAUAUCAUCAGUCAGAACAAGGCCAGGGGCCAAAUGUGGAAUGGACCAUCAAUUGUUCAUAUGCAAAUUCAAGCCGAAACUGAAGAAAAUCAGAGCAAGCCCACGAGAGCCAAAAUAUGACCUUGAGUGUAUCCCACCUGAAUUUAGAGACCAUCUCAAGAAUAGAUUUGACGCACUGAACGCUAGUGACUGAAGACCAGACGAGUUGCAGAAUGACAUCAAGGACAUCUUACGUGAAGAAAGCCAGAGGUCACUGAAAAGACAGGAAAGAAAGAAAAGACCAAGAUGGAUGUCAGAGGAGACUCUGAAACUUGCUCUUGAAAGUCGAGCAGCUAAAGCAAAAGGAAGAAUUGAUGAAGUAAAAGAACUGAACAGAUGAUUUCAAAGGGCCUCUCGAGAAGACAAAGUAAAGUAUUAUAAUGACAUGUGCAAAGAGCUGGAGAUGGAAAACCAAAAGGGAAGAACGCGCUUGGCGUUUCUCAAGCUGAAAAAACUGAAGAAAAAAUUCAAGCCUCGAGUUGCAAUAGUGAAGGAUUCCAUGGGGAAAAUAUUAAACGAUGCAGGAAGCAUCAAAAGAAGAUGGAAGGAAUACACAGAGUCAUUAUAUCAAAAAGAAUUAGUUGAUAUUCAACCAUUUCAAGAGGUGGCAUAUGAUCAGGAACCGAUGGUACUGAAGGAAGAAGUUCAAGCUGCUCUGAAGGCACUGCGAAAAACAAGGCUCCAGGAAUUGAUGGAAUAUCAAUUGAAAUGUUUCAACAAACAGAUGCAGUGCUGGAGGUGCUCACUUGUCUAUACCAAGAAAUAUGGAGGACAGCUUCCUGGCCAACUGACUGGAAGAGAUCCAUAUUCAUGCCUAUUCCCAAGAAAGCUGAUCCAACCGAAUGUGGAAAUUAUAGAACAAUAUCAUUAAUAUCACACCCAUGCAAAAUUCUGCUGAUGAUCAUUCAAAAAUGGCUACAGCAGUAUAUCCACAGGGAAAUGCCAUAAAUUCAGGCUGGUUUCAGAAGAGGACGUGGAACCAGGGGUAUCAUUGCUGAUGUCAGAUGGAUCCUGGCUGAAAGCAGAGAAUACCAGAAGGAUGUUUACCUGUGUUUUAUUGACUAUACAAAGGCAUUCGACUGUGUGUAUCAUAACAAACUAUGGACAACACUGCAAAGAAUGGGAAUUCCAGAACACUUAAUUGUACUCAUGAGGAACCUUUACUUGGAUCAAGAGGCAGUUGUUUGGACAGAAUAGGGGAUACUGAUUGGUUUGAAGUCAGGAAAGGUGUGCGUCAGGGUUGUAUUCUUUCACCAUACCUAUUUAAUCUGUAUGCUGAACAAAUAAUACGAGAAGCUGGACUAUAUGAAGAAGAAUGGAGCAUCAGGAUUGGAGGAAGACUCAUUAACAACCUGCGUUAUGCAGAUGACACAACCUUGCUUGCUGAAAGUGAAGAGGACUUGAAGCACUCACUAAUGAAGAUCAAAGACCACAGCCUUCAGUAUGGAUUACACCUCAACAUAAAGAAAACAAAAAUCCUCACAACUGGACCAAUGAGCAACAUCGUGAUAAAUGGAGAAAAGGUUGAAGUUGUCAAGGAUUUCAUCUUACUUGGAUCCACAAUUAACAGCCAUGGAAGCAGCAGUCAAGAAAUCCAAGUACGCAUUGCAUUGGGCAAAUCUGCUGCAAAGGACCUCUUCAAAGUGUUGAAGGUCAAAGAUGUCACCCUGAAGACUAAGGUGUGCCUGACGCAAGCCAUGGUAUUUUUAAUCACAUCAUACGCAUGUGAAAGCUGGACAAUGAAUAAGGAAGACCGAAGAAGAGUUGACGCCUUUGAAUUGUGGUGUUGGUGAAGAAUAUUGAAUAUACCAUGGACUGCCAAAAGAACGAACAAACCCGUCUUAGAAGAAGUGCGGCCAGAAUGCUUCUUAGAGCAUGGUGAGACCGCAUCUUACAUAUUUUGGACAUAUUGUCAGGAGGGCUCAGUCUCUGAAGAAGGAUAUCAUGCUUGGCAGAGUACAGGGUCAGCGGAAAAGAGGAAAACACUCAACGAGGUGGGUUGACACAGUGGCUGCAACAAUGAGCUCAAGCAUAACGAUUGUAAGGAUGGAGCAGGACCGGGCAGUGUUUUGUUCUGUUGUGCAUAGGGUCACUAUGAGUCGGAACCGUCUCGACGGCAGCUAACAACAACAACAACAACAGCAUUGAGGUUGAAGAUAAUGUCUCAUCUUGGAUCUAUAAAGGUUAUAUAGAGUUGUCAAAUAGCAGUGUGACCUCCAGGAAUGAAAUCUGGUGAAGAAUAUUGUCAAUACAAGGACUGAUACACAUUUGUCAUCACACAUAUACAAUGUCAUAGCAUUAUUGAAAGUAUUACAAGAGAUAAGGUACAUAAAGUGCUUAGUAUAGUACCUGGCAACACUAAGUAGUAUGUUAAGUAUUUGCUGUCACCACCACUGCCAUCUCUGUGGAUUCAGCAGAGGAGACCCUACAAUAGGUCAUCUUUGUCUUCCAAAUAAAAAAAAAAAAAAUAGUAUACAGUUAAUGUGUUGCUAUUAAGUGAUAAGUUUUGUGAAAUAGGACGUUAUUUGCUUUGGAUGUUGUGUGAACACCAUAUUGUAUACUGUGUAGAGUUCACCUCUAGGCAUAGCUGGUGGAAGCAAUCUUUGGUCUGGAUAGAGAGCACAUCCUGCACGUUGAGUGUGUAUCACCGACCAUUCUCCACAUAAGUCAGUUGGACCCCAAAGGCGAGGCUGAGAUCUUGAUAUUUGGAUGGCCUUGUUAACAGAAGGGCAGAGCCAUGAUGAUCAUGAACUUGGCAGACUGUCACUGCCAGUGCUGGGUGCAAAGUUGCGAGUAGGGCCCUGCCCUGGAGGCCUACACCCGGCAGGCUCCAGAGACAGCCCAGGAGGCUGGCACUCAGCAGGCUCUGAAUGCUGCACAGGUCUGGGUUACCAAGCUUUGAACGUAGUUCUUGCCCUGGGGUGGGAGCCAUGCAGAGGUUAAAGUGGAAGCCCUGUUCUUAUACCCCCUGGGUUAAGAAUGACGGGGUAGAGUUCAUUCUUUCCCUGUGGUAAAUGUUUGCAAACAUGAAUUUAAAGAGUUCUAAUAAGGAGUUGACUUUCAAAAAAUAAAUAAAUAAAAUAACCACGGACGUGUAUGCGGUCAAAUGUUGCCUGAACGGACGUUAUGCGGUGCAUGACUGUGUGCUUCUUAAGUUACUAGAGAGAAUGUAACCAAUUAUCUAAUCAGAAAAUGUGUGGUUUCAUCCUACUUUGGUUAGUAGUAUCUUGGAUCUUAAAAGCUUAUGAGCAGCCAUCUAAGAUAUAUCUAUUGGUUUCAUCCCGUCCAGAGCAAAGGAGAAUGAAGAAAACCCUAGACAUAAGGAAAAUAGUAGUCCAAAGUACUAAUGGACCACAUGAACCACAGCUUCCAUUAGCCUGAGCCCAGAAGAACUAGAUGGUGCUUCGCUACCACCACUGAGGGCUCUGACAAGGAUCACAAUAGAGGGUCAUGAACAGUGGGAGGAAAAAUGUAGAACAAAAUUCAGAUUCACAAAAAAAGACCAGAUUUACUGAUCUGACAGAGACUAGAGGAACCCCUGAGACUGGAGCCCCUGGACACCCUGCUAACUCAGAACUGAAGCCACUCCCAAAGUCACCUUUCCAAAGAUUAGACAGGCCUAUAAAACAAACAACAACACAUGUGAGCAAUUUGCUUCUUAGUUCAAUCAAGUAUAUGAGACCAAGUGAUCAACACCUGCCCAAAAGCAAAGACGAGAAGGCAGGAAAGGACAGGAAAACUGGAUGAACAGACAUGGAGAACCUGGGUGUAAAGGGAAAGGGGGACAGUGCUGACACUUUGUGGGGAUUGCAACCAAUGUCACAAAACAAUUUGUGUAAAUUUUUGAACGGGAAACUAAUUUGUCCUGCUCUAAACUUUCACCUAAAGCGCAAUAAAAUUAAAAACAGAAAAUGUGUAUGUUCCUGGUGGGUAUAAACUCAAGUAUUUAGAAUCAUUCUAAAGCCAACCAUUACAACCUGAGUUUAAUCUGUUUAACACAAAAAGAAAGCUGUUUCAUAAGACCCUAAAACAGAUAAAUGCUAAACAGUCUUAUAAAAUGAAAAUGCUGUAGCAUCAAAUAUUAAUAUUUUGCUAGCAGCAGGCAGCCCAAAUGUUAAUGGCUGCUAUGUAUUUGAAGGCCUACUCAACUGCGAAUUUUAUUAGGACCAUUUCUCAGGGCUGGAGUUAUAAAUGGGCUUAUAAAUGAGAAAUUAGCCACGUCUCUAGGGAUCAGCAGGUUCUUUGAAAUCUUAAUUAACCAAUCACACUGAUCGUCUCCUCUUUAAAUUGCCUACACUUGGUUAAAUGCUGAAGAAAACAUUGUCCAACGGGAAACAGCUUAAAUAAUGGGAACACUAUACUUUUAUGUUGAAAUAAAUAUAAUCAUAAAAUGAAAAAUAAAAGAAAUCAUGGUUCAUAUUUGACUGUUUGAAUGUUUUCUUUUGUCCAUUGCACUUUAAAAAAAAUUUUCACUGCUAAACUAGGAAAAUGUUUUAAAAAUCAGAAAUAAAUAUAAGAAACAUAGGAUGUUUUGUAUCUUACUGAUCAUUACUAACAGUAUGGCUUUUGAACUACCACCUUAUUUUCUCCUACAUAGAAAAUCACAGAUUGACACAAUAAGAAAUAAGAAAAUUAACUUGUAACAAAAUAUAAGUAAAUUGAUGCAUUGUAAAGUGAUAUGUAGAAAAGAUAAUUGAUGGGGUAGAAUGAAAAUAUACAGGUGAAAAUUUAGUAAUUCUUUUAAUUGCAUAUCUUUUUCCAGUGAUACCAAAUUAUAUUUUCCAGGAAUUGUCUUACUCUUUAGUGUAUAAUUUUCAGUACUUUAUACAUAUUAGGUUUUCCAGUAUUAACUAUUAAAUGAAAAACAGAAAGAUAUAACAGUCAUUUAAAUCAGACAAGUUUCUAGAAAUAACAUAUGAAGACCAAAUUUAACAAACAUCUUGCCUUCUAUAUUCCAGGCAUAUUUGCAUAAUUUUCAUGUUUAAUCUUUAAGACAAUAUAGUAAAAUAGAAGGAGAGUCAGGAAUAGGAGGAGAAAAUGGAUUGUGUGGCUGAUCGCCCCCAUGAACAACUGCCUCCUUGGCCAUAAGACCAGACCCGAAUGGAUGCUUGGCUACUAUUACUGGAUGUUUUGAUUAGAUUCUAUAGAAGAAUCCUGAUCAAAAGGGGAAAAAUACAGAAUAGAAUUUCAGAUUCUUAUGGAAGCCAGACUUUCUGGAGCCACUGAAGUUGGAUGAAGUCCUAAAACUACUGCCCUGAGAUAAUCUUUAAACCAAAAUAUUCCCUGAAGUCUCCUCAAAAUCAAAUAAUAGUCUAGCUUAAUCGCUAAAGAAUGUCUGCCUUAAGCAUUAUACUCUUUUAAGAACUAUCUAUAUGGGAUCAAAUUGACUACAGCAACUUGAAAAAUUAGAUAGGAAACUUAGGGGGCAGCAGGUCUAUGCUAAUGGGGGAGGAACAAUUCUGAAAAGGAGGAUGAGAAUGGUUGCCCAAAUUGAAGAAUGUAAUCAAUGUCCCUGGAUUGUUUGUGUAGAAAUUGUUGAAUUAGUGUAUGUUUUGCUGUGUAUAUUCUCAACACAACAACAGUAACAAAAUAAAUCAUUAUAAAAGACAAUAUAAUAUAGCAAGCUAGAAGAAUGUAUUUCAGGCUGGAGGAAUAACAUGUAUAUAAAGACUUGGUUAUAAUGUAGCAUGGCAUAUUGAAUAAGAUCAAGGAAGACUUUUUAAAUUAAUUUUUAUUGUUCUUUAAGUGAGAGUUUACAAAUCAGGUCAGUCUCUCAUAUAAAAAUUUACAUACACUUUGCUAUACACUCCUAAUUGCUCUCCCUUUAAUGAGAUAGCACAGUUCUUCUGUCCACUCUCUCUCCUCAUGUCCAUUUGGGUAGCUUCUGACCUCCUCUGCCCUCUCAUCUCCCCUCCAGACGGGAGAUGUCAACAUAGUCUCAUCCAAGAAGUUCAUUCUUCACCAAUAUCAUUUUCCAUCCCAUAUUCCUGUCUCAUCUCUGUCUGAAGAGUUGGCUUUGGGAAUGGUUCUCAAGGAAGUCUUAAUGCUAAACUGUGGUAAGCUAAUUUGGAGAAAGGAAGAUGAGGAGGCUAGAAUGAUGGAUCAGGGUAUGAUAUGUGUGUGUAGGGGUGGAGGGGAUUCAAUGGCAAAGGAGCCCGAAGGAGUUUGGACAUUAUUCAUUAGGUCAGGGGUUCUUGGAUGGGCUUUAGGGCAUUUGUGAACCUCUUGAAAUUACAUGCCAAAAAAAAAAAAAAAAAGUAUAUGCACGCACAUUUCCUAGGGAAAGGGUCCAUAGUUUCCAUGAGAUUCUUUAAUCCCACAAACGUUAAGAAUUACUAGCAGUACACACAAAAAAGCCAUUUAUAGAUUUUAAUUAGAUAAUGCUGGGAUCUGAAUUGUUUAGUUUGUUUGCUUUUUAAGAAAGAUAAUUUUGGCAGCAAGAUUGGAGAUCAGUGUUGUUUUUAGGUGCUACUGAGUCGGUUUCGACCCAUGGCGACCCUGUAUACAACUGAACGAAACACUGCCAGGUCCUGCACCAUCCUCACAAUUGUUGCUAUGUUUGAGCCUAUUGUUGCAGCUACUGUGCCAAUCCAUCUUGUGGAGGGUCUUUAAAUGGAUGUAUUUUUGGGUACGCAAAUUAUAUAUCAAUAAUAUGUUAAAAAAAGGGGGAGGGUUAUAAUAAUCUAGGCAGAGGAAGUUCCUGAAAUAAUGUAGUGGCAAUGGGAAUGGAGAAAUGAUGAUGGAUUUUUGAAGAGGAGAAAAAGGAGCCCUGGUGGCAUAGUGGUUAAGGGCUCGGCUGCUAACCCAAAGGUCAGCAGUUCGAAUCUACCAGUCGCUACUUGGAAACCCUAUGGGGCAGUUCUCCUGUAUCUUGUAGGGUCCCUGUGAGUUGGAAUCAACUUGACGGUAAUGGGUUUGUGUUUUGUUUUUUUUAAUGAGAAAGAACAAAUAGGAUUUCGUAAACUGAUUUGAUACUAAUGGUCAGGGAGGAAGAUGCAUAUAUGGGGGCUCCCAGGCUUCUGGCUUGGGGAACUUAUUGGAGAGUAGCGCCAUUCACCACAACGGGGCAGGAAUAUGGGGAGGAAAUACUGCUUUGAGAGAAAGAUAAUGAGUUUUUUAUUUUGUUUUGGCAAACUGAGUUUGAGGUGCCUGUGGGGCAACCAGGUAGAGAUUCUCAGUAGGCAAUUUGAAAUGUGGGUUUGAAGCCUGGAGUCAUUAAGUUGGGAACUGAUAGUGAAUGGCUUAAAGUAGAGGCCUUGGGCAUGUACAAAAAUAGGCAAAGAGUGUGUUGGUUAGGAAGAAAAAAGGGCCAAAGACAUGUAAGAAUUUUGUAAGAUAUUUGAUGACAGAGGAGACUGAGAAGAAGCUGCAAAGAGGUGAGCAGACAAUCAAACAACGUGUUUUGUGAGCCCAAGAGAAAAAGGUUCAGGGAGGGAAUGACUGGCUUUGUCAAACUCUGACUACUUCACAGAAGGUGAGCGCUGAAAAGUAUCCUUUGUGUUGAUAAUUUUGAGGUCAUGGUAAUCUUAAUAAGCAAUUCAGUGGUGCCUCGAGGGUAGAAACCAUAAGAGCUUCAAAGGAGAGUUUCUUUAAAGAUAGAGUUAACUUUAUAACAGGCAAACUUGUUUUCCCUAUUUCUUUUAUGCCUUAAUGCUUUUUUCUUUAAUUCAUGCAUUUCCAAUCCAUGGUGCUUCGUCUUCUUUUUAUAUCACAUGUGCUUUAAUCCAGGUUGAUUUUUCCUUUUCAUAACUAAAAAUAGCAUUGCAAACUAUAGCAUCUGUGUUAUACACAUUAGCAUUCUCAAAUGAUGUAAAUCUCUAACUCCACACACAAAAAAGGAUCUAUAUCAGAUUCUGUUUAUAAAGUCAGGAAAAUUCCUUUCAUCAGACUAAACUCUUAUAUUUCCGAAGUACUUUCAGAAAGAAAAUAGUAAUUAAGGAAAAAAGACUGUUUCGUACUCAGCAAAGAUUUCAUACUUCGUCCUAUCAUCAUUUGGGGGUAGUUGGCCAUAACACAGCCAUAUGACCAAAGUUAGGAUCAUGGCAUCAUUGUCUUACAUCCAUAUUUUAGAGCCCAUCUUUGACGAUUCUGUGUCACGUUUGUCCAAAAAUUCUUUCCCAAGGGAGUUAGGUAUUCUCUUCUUUCCUGUCUAUCUACAUUCCCUCGAAUAGGAAGUUUCAGGGCUCCUUGACCAUUACUCACACAUACAUCUAUGUUUGCCUGUCAUGAGCAAAAGUUUAGGAAAUGAUUCUAUGAUAUUCACUAUUUUUUUUUUUUUAAUUCUGAUUGUGAUCCACUGUGUUGAGUAGUAAGUGACAAUCAUGACUCAGUAAUGGAAGUUCUUAAAAGCACGUGAAAGAGCUCUAAGGAUGAUCAUGUAUUUUCUAACACCAAUCUAUUCACCAUGAACCAGGCUUAGAAGCUUUUGACUGUGAUCGGAAAGCUUCAAGGGUUGCCCGACUUUCAGGUGCUAGAAUUAUUGCCCUCAUGGUAUAGAGAGCAAAAGAAUUCCAAAAAAUUAAAAAAAAAAAAAAACCCAUUGCUGUCACAUGGAUUUUAACUCAUAGUGACCCUGUAGGACAGAGUGGAACUGCCCCAUAAUUUCAGGCAGUAAUAAUAUCCACUGUGAGUUAAAUAUUUACUAUGUGUCAGACUCUAUGAUACAUAAUAUUUAAUCUUAGGACGAUUUGAAAAUUAAAAUUAGCAUCACCAUAUUGGUGGGGGAGUGGCGUAGAUAAUGAAGAAAAUGAAGCUUAGGGACAUUAAGUAACUCGUUCAGGAGUACAUAGUUUUUAAGUGGGAAUUCUGGCUUUGAAUCCGGAUCUACUCCUGUAAAGAUUACAGCCUGGGAAACCCUAUGGGGCAGUUCUAAUCUGUCGUAUAAGGUUGAUACGAAUCAAAAUCCACUCAAACAGCACAGACCACCCCACAAGAAACUUUAAAUUAUGUAUGUGGUUUUCAUGUAUUUCCAUGGAUCAGUAUUUAGUCUAGAUCAAUAACACAGCCACCCCACUCAGUCUAGCUUUUAAAUAUGUUCUCUUAUCUAAGUUCAGCACUCCUACCCUCUGAGAGGGCCAAAUUUUGCUCAGUCUUUUCUUUUGAGCCCUGUCAUCCCUGCAACCCAGCUUGAAGGAGAAUUUAAUGUUUUACUGGACAGAUAGGGCACAUUAAAGAAAAUCAGUCAGGUUUGUUCCAAUUGAAGGUGAGGACAGAAUGUCUUUUUGGUGAGGUGGGGAGACCAGGCUGGUGGGGCCCAGAGGCAAUGGAUUUUCUGAGGCAAUGAAUUUUUCUGUGAAGGAAGAUUAAGAAAGUUUAGCAAAGUUCAGAUUUUUCCCAUAAUAACUACUUCAGUGGUUUUGGUUCUCUUUGAAAUAUCAAAUUCUUCCAAGAUACUUUUGCUCAUUAUUUUUCAGUGCCCCUGUUUUGUUGGUGCACUAAGCACAUGUUUAGUCACAGUGUAUGGUUUACCUCCAAAGACUCCCAGACUCCUUGGUGAGUCCAAUCCUGAGGGGCGGGACGGCAGACUCUCAGUCCCUGAGCCGCAGGGCUAAGCUUCUGUGGUUGGUUGGUCGCAGGCAACAAGAUAAAAGUUACUGGUGAAAAUUGUUUCAAAGAAAGUGGACUGAGUAUCAUUUUGUGUGUCUGUGUAUUAAAGAAAUUGCUGUUAAAUUGUUUUCAAUGGAAAAUUCUCUAUUUUAAGGAAUACAAUAUGGAAAAGAAGAAAAAUAAAAAUUUCCAAUUAGUUUACAAUAAAUAAAGACUUGACUAACAGUUUGUUCAAAGGUGCACCUUAUAAUCAAAUACUAUAGUGUCUGCUAGUUACUUAAAAAAAAAAAAAAACUCCUCGUCAAGUUGAUUCCGACUGAAAGCAAUCCUAUGGGACAGAGUGGAGCUGCUCCACAGGGCUUCCAAGGAGUGGCUGGUGGAUUCGAACUGCCAACCUUUUGGUUAGCAGCCAAGCCCUUAACCACUGCACCACUAGUUACUUAGUUUAUGAAAUUUCAACAAAAAACUUUAAACCCUUCAGUGAUCGAAAAAUAAGUGCUUAAGUGCAAGUGCUAACAUUUAUUUCCUGAUUAAUAAAAUUAAUUUGUUAAAAAUGCGUAACCCAUAAUUUUUUGUUUUUCCUGAAUUGGCAGUUGUAUAUAAAGGGUAGGAAACCCUGGUCACGUAGUGGUUAAGUGCUACGGAUGCUAACAGAAGGGUCAGCAGUUCGAAUCCGCCAGGUGCUUCUUGGAAACUCUGGGGGGCAGUUCUACUCUGUCCUGUAGGGUUGCUAUAGGGUUGCUAUGACUUGGAGUCGACUCAACAGCACUGGGUUUUGGGGUUUUCAUAUAAAGGGUGCUUGUCCCCAGUCCACCACACUCACUCCACCUUUCCAAAUGUGCCCUGAGGCAGCCGCCCCACUCAUACACCUCCACACAAACAUUUGCAGUAUAAAUGCCAGAGAAAUCAACCUUCUGAUAAGGCACAGCACAGUACAAAAGUCUCAGGUGUAAGUUUAGGUCAUUAUGCUAAUUUUGAAGCCCCUUUGUCCUGUGACCAGGAAUGUUUUUCAAGAUGUUGAUUGAUUCAUGGUCUAUAGUAUUUCAUCAGCAGGGAAACAAUGUUGAUUAAGUAAACAUUCUCAGCAUCUUUGUCAUUUAUUCACAGAAAAGAAUCUUUAUCUGUUCUCUGCCUUCAUGUCUUUGGGGACCUCAGACUAGUCGGCUAUAUCUUAAUUUGAUCUUAUUUUCCAGGACAUCAAUUCAGUUUUUCUGUGCCUCACAGACUUGGUAUUCUCAUUAAUGAUAGUGUCUGUCCACUGUUAUCUAGAUGUCCUCGUUUUUCCUCUGUAUUUUAUAGUUUAGACUAGAUCUUUCUGAUUCUAUUCAUAGCCGUGUCCGUAGCUCUUAACCAACAUUUUCUCAUUCUUAUUGAGUAAAUUUAACACAGCUUGCUUGAGAAGUCAAAUUUGACUAGUUCGUAUUAAAUGUGGUACCUUUCCUACCAAAGUAUUUAAAAGCACUUUAAACAAGAACAAAAUGAUGUGUGAAGAGUAUUCAGGGAUUGCUUCUCCCAUUACUGUGAUAUUAGCAAUCUGUGUAGGGUUGCCAGAUUUAGCAAAAAAAAAAAAAAAAUUACAGAAUGUGAAGUUAAAUUUGAAUUUAAGAUAAAGAAUGAAUAAUUUAAUAUAAAUAUGUCCUAUGUAAUAUUAAAUCCCAUGCAAUUUAACUUCAUGAAGCAUUUUAGCACAUGUUGGAUUGUAGGUGGAUGUAAGCAAUUCCCAUUGUCUGUUUAUCAUGUUAACAGUGUAAAGGCUUUUGUGAUUCUUCUUUCCUACACAUCAGAAAGUUAUCGUUAGAACAGAGCUGUGAUGACUUGUUCCAAAGCUACCUCCAAGUCCCUAGCAAAACAAGAUUUUGAACAAUGAGACCAUCUGUUUCUUGUGGGUGAAAAUGUUGUGAGUCAUGGCAUUGGCUGUGGCAGUAGUCCUGUCAGAUAACGUUCUGCCUUAUGAUGGCUUUUGUAACCCAUUUCCCCGUGGUGCCAGCUCACAGCAUUUUACAGGGCAGAUGUGAAUGCCCAAGAUAGGGAAAUUUGCCCCAAUAUAGCUUUCAUUUGUAGUUCAAUGUAGGGCAUGACCCUCCCUUCACUUAAGGAGCAAGACAAACCCUUUUUCUUUAUUCUCUUGCCAUCCUGAUUUGCUUCACCUUUUCUCCUUUCACAGAAUCAUUUAUUCAACAAAUAUUUGUUCAGUCCUUACUAUGUAUAGACUACUAGAUAUGUUACUAUGAGACUCCAUCUCUAGUGGCCAAGAGCUUAUCUUUCAGUUAAUGAAGCUGAAUUACAUUUUAGCCAAAGUCACUAUGUAUUAAAUUUUUGAUAAGUUUAUACACCUUGGUGUUAUAUGAGCAUAAAGGAAGAUUUUAUUUUCACUUGGGAUCAUAGGAAAGCAUCAUAUAAGAAGUAUGAUGUGGGCCUUGAUAAAUGGACAGAAUUUCAAUAGGUGAAAAUGUGGGAAGUUGAACGGUCCAGGCAGAAGAAACUGCAUAAAGACAUUGGAGUUUCAAAGACUACCACAACUUUGUAGGAUGGGGUGCAAUCCAGAUGGAAUGGAUUAAGGGUUUUUUUUUUCCCCCCAUUUGAGGGUAAUGGGUAGGACUGUAUUGCAGAUGAAUUUGAAUGCUAUAGGGAAGUAACACAAUGCUUGAGGUAGAUUAACCUAAAAGUACCGUGCAGGAUGAUUGAAAGAGAAAAUCAAAGGGUAUGAUGAUAUGGAGGUCUUUCCAGGCAUGAAGUGAUAACAUCCUGAACUAUGGUGGUGGUUCCAGAAAGGGCACAUGUCUUAACUGGGCCAAAUAAUUCUUGGUUUGUCUAAAGAAUAACAUUAGUUAUUUCCAUUUUGUGUACUACUCCCCACUUCUACCUACUAAACAUGCAACAUCAGGAACAGUUAUGUGUGAGUGACUUGGUGUCAACCAUUUACAGUGCUGAAAAAAAUGAGAGAGAAUUUAUUUGUAGAACUAGGGCCUAAAUAAAAAAGCAAGUCCAGACAAAUACCUAGAAACUUCCUCACAGCCCCCAUAGCCACUGAAUCACGUCAAGUACCCUUCACAAAUGACAACUUAACAAAUGAGAAAUGAGUUUUAAUUUUACAGUUUCUUAAUUUGUAAGAAUUACAGUAGUUUCGUUUUCUUUCCCUUCACUAAAAUCCAGACUUUAAAUAGCCUCUGUAAGCCCCUUAAGUCUAUUAGGAAAAAAAAAUAGAUAAAAAUCUGUGGCCCACGUAGCACUUGAAUCAGUAGCAAAUACGUAUGUUGAUUAUGGGGGUGUUUCAAAAGUGAGAAACUGUUUCUAUCCCUGUACUUUUCUCAUGCCAGUAGAAUAGAACCUAAAUAACUAGUGGUUGAAGAGCUAGAAAAAAUCUUCUUUACGUGACUAUCUUAUAAUCUUAUCAAGUAGAAUAGAAGAUGUUACAAUAGUUAAAUCUCCUAUUUCUUAAUUUAUAACUUCUAGAGGAUCAUAUAUGAAAAAUGGGGGAUCUGUACCGUACACUGAUUUAGUAUGGUAUAAAGAACAACAAAGAACCUAAGCCUGUUAAGUACCAUAAUCAGAGGUAUGUUGAAUAAGAAAGACUUUCUUGAUUCUUGCAUAACCUUGAGAUCAACGAACUACCCACCACCACCCACCAGUUGCCCUCAAGUCGAUUCUGACUCAUGGAGACCUCAUGUGUGCAGUGGCAUCAUUAGGGUUGGUGUCACCCAGUGCAGUAACUCAUGAUGUCACUCCCUCAUGCUAAUCACCACAAUAUUGUAGCUAAAACACCAAAAAAUUUGACAAAAUCAGCAACUAUAAAAAUAUUAGUAGCAACAAAAACAACAGCACAUGCUUUGUAGCAAGUACAGAUAAAACUAUGUGAUUCGAAGCGUCACUGUAACUGGGUAAUAAUGACAGCUCUGUCCAGAGUGCAUUAGAAGGUUCAAAAAGUAAGUUAGCAUAGAGUUUUGGCCUUGUAGGUAUAGAUUGAUACUUGUAAGCUAAGCUUACAAAAAUUUUUUGUUGUUGUUGUAACUAACUACAGGAAUAUUUUUAUAAAAAAAAAUAUGCUGAACACUACUGGAACACUCCACAGAAAUUUUGUAGACAGGCAUUUUGGUGUCACCCACUCUGACAGUGUCACCUGGUACUGUCCACACCCCUCUUUUGAUGCCACUGUGUGUGUGUUAGAGUACAACUCUGCUCCAUACGGUUUUCAAGGGCUGAUUUUUUGGAAGCAGAUUUGCAGGCCUCUGCGUAGACUGAAAAGUCCAACGUUUUGAUUAGCAGCCAAGCACAUUAACAAUUUGUAUCAGCCAGUGACUAAACAUGUAAACUAUGUGAAAGAUAUCUAGAACAUCAUAUUUCAUGUAAUUUGCUUCUAGGAGGGUUUCGAACACAUUAAUUAUAUGAUUCAUCCUCUGUCAUUUUUAAAGUAAAAAGACUGAUUUUAAAAUAAUGUGCAUUUGAAUGUAUCUUUAUUUUUUUUAUAUUAAAUGAGGUAAAACUCAGAAAACCCCAAGCACCCUUAUUUUCUAUAUUAAGAUGGUGAUUCAUUUUUUCCUGUAGUUUAUUUAAUAUCUGUAAUUAUUUUCAUAUGUCAUCUUUGGUAUUAGAAAUAAGGACAUUUUGUUAUGCAUUUUGCUGUAGAAUCUUGGUUUGGAAGUCUAUGACUCCUUGUCAUCAUCUUUGAUUUUGGUGCAAAUUAUUUCUUUUUGAUACUGCCCUUGCCAAAUGAGGUUGGAAAAUGAUUUAAAACUCAAAAAAUAUAAAACUUGAGUCUCUUCAUUAUGGGGAAUAAGUGCUUUCCAGGCCUGUUUCCUUUAAUCUGAUUUAUUCAGCACACACUUACUAAGCACCAACUAAAGUCUCUGGCACCAGGGAAGCAAAGAUAAAUAAGGCUUAAUCCUGUUCCACCUGGAGGUGGCAUGGCUGAGUGGAAGCCCAGGGCAUCAAUAAUGAAGGAAGGAAAAGAAGACAUCCGGAAUAACUGUAUGCCAGCUCGGAGAUGGGAGUAGAAGUUGACUCCAUUGAGAUAGAGUAUAGAAGAACAACUAAUUAGAAGGGAAAUUUUGACUUGAGUUUUAGACUUGUUAAGUUUUAAAUGUGAAAUGAUAACAGCUGGAGACUUUUGGUACUGGCUGCAUAGAAACUUGUUAAAAAUACAGAUAUCCUUGAAGCAUUAUAGAAAUUUUGGUAGAUUAAAUCUAGAUGGAGUCUGGGCAUGUAUAUUCUAAAAUAGCUUCUCAAGUGAUUCUGAUAGUCAGAUUUGGCAUCUGCUUGGAAACCCUGGUGGCAUAGUGGUUAAGAGCUAUAGCUGCUAACCAAAAGGUUGGCAGUUCAAAUCAACAAGGCUCUCUGUGGAAACUCAAUGGGGCACUUCUACUCUGUCCUAUAGGGUUGCUAUGAGUCGGAAUCAACUCGAUGGCAACAGGUUUUUUUUUUUUUUCCAUAAACAAGAGAGAUGUGGAGAGAGAGAACAUAGGUGAUAGUUGAAGUCGUAGGAGUGAAUGUGAUUUCCUAGGGAGAACAUAGUAAGCAAAGAGCAAGGCUAUGAAUGGAACAACUCUAUCAUGUAAGGAGUAAGUAGGCAGAGGAGAAGCCAGCAAAGAAACUAAAGAGGAAUAUAUCGUGUUCAGGAACUGGAAUCUAUAUUUACCUAAAUCUCCUUAAGUCUUAGAAUGGAAUUCUCAUUUCUGAAUCCAUAGAGAGAAAAAGCGUGUAGAAUAAAAUUCUUUAGACGCCUACUCGUAAUUUGACCUUUUCUCUGACUUAUUUCCAAGAAGGAUCAAUCAAGUUUUAAAUGUGUCCUAUUUCAAAAAGAUUACACUUCACAGAAUCUCUUGGAGAAACAAAUUGACCCUCUUGAACAGAGAAAAAUGAACAUUGUGCAGUAUCAGAAAGUUGUCAUAUUAACCAGCAUUUUCUUUUAAACCCACUGUAUUCUUACUAGGGCAGUCCCUGGGAGGUGUAAGCAGUCAGUGUGCUGAGCUGCUAACCAAAAAGUUGGAGGUUUGAAUCCAUCCAAAGGUGCCUGAGAAGAAAGGCCUCACAAUCUACUUCUGAAAAAAUCAGCUGUUGAAAACCCUAUGGAGCACAGUUCUACUCUAACAUACAUGAGGUCGCCAUCGGUUGGAAUUGAUUCAAGGGCAACUGGUUAUACUUACUAGAUGGAAUUAAGAGUAUCAAGAUGACCUUUACAAUUGAGAACUAAAACUGUUACAGUCUCUCAGGAACAAAUCUUUCUGUUCUUAGCCAUUUCUAUUUCAUCGUUUUUAGUGUUUUUGUGAUCAGUGCAUCUUCUGCUUCUUUAACCAAAACCAAACUCAUUGCCAUCAAGUUGAUUCCUACUCAUAGCAACCCUAUAGGACAGAGUGUAACUGUCCCAUAAGGUUGCCAAGGAGUGGCUGGUGGAUUCGAACUGUCAACAGAAGUUUUGCCAUUCCACCCCCACCCCAGGACCUUUGCACAUGUUUUCCCCUCUCCCCAUAAUGCUCUUUUUAAAAUAUUUGUAGCCUUACUCAAUAGGCUAAACCACACUACCUAAAAUAUCAGCCCUCUCCUCACUAUCUCUUUAUUUUGUUUUAUUUUUCUUCGCAGUACUUUUCGCUAACCAAAAUUAUAUACUUACUUGUUUAAUAUAUUCCCCUCUUACUGGUAGAAUGUAAGAUCCAUGCGGUCAGGGGUUUGUCUUACUAAUGAUGAUAUCUUCUACACCUAGAACAGCACCUGACUCCCAGUAGGUACUCUGAAAGUAUUUGUUAAAUAAUUGAAUGAGUUUAUACAGUAUAGCAAAUAGAAAGCUUAUUUCAUAUAUUCAUUUUUGGUCAUUCAGUUCAAGAAGAUGUGAUUGAGCUUAAAGAGUUUCAAAGAAAAGCAACUAAAGUGGUUGAAGGAAUGGUAGAAAGUUUCUAAAUAUAUUAAAAAUUAUUCAGCCUGUAAAAAAAAAAAAUCCUGGGUAUGUAAUAAUCAAAGUUAAUGGAAUUAGAAAAUGUGAUGAUUAGAUGAAAAUGAGUGUUUACCAAAUCCUGGUCUUAUCAGAGAAUUCCUUAAUUCCUUCAAGUUUUUUGGGGAAAAGUAAAAAAAAAAAAAAAAAAAAA